CAGUGCUAAAGCCCCUUUGUGAUUAAUACCCCCGAAAUUUUCAGGAACGAUGUCGUGUUAUAAGAAUACGGAGCGCACGUUGCGCUUGCGAGAGAAUAAACGUCGCAAUAGAGUCCGUCAGAAGGAACACAUGGUCGAUCUGGAACGCAGACUGAGAGAGUUUGAACAAGAAGGCAUCCAGGCAACCAUCGAGAUGCAAUGUGCAGCUAAGAAGGUUGCAGAAGAGAAUAUUCAUCUACGAGAGCUAUUGCUGGAGAUCGGCAUUGAUCGCUCAACUGUCAAUGAUUGGAUAACUCGGAGGAGGUCCUCGAGUGAUGCAAUGGAUAUAGGUCAAAUUCACUGUCAUAAAAUUGCGACAGGUAACAGCAUUUGCAACAAAGCCAAACAAAGAGACCCCUCUAGCGCUCCAUUACCACAGCCACAAUGCUCACUGCCUUGCAACACGGCUUGCCAAUCCGGCAGUUCUCCACUGAGCGAUUCUUUCCCCAAGUCAGCCGAGCAUUCAUCACCCACUACUAAGGACAGUCAAAUUCCUGAUAGGUUCUCUUCACCUAGGCGGAAUAAAUCAGCCUCGAGCAGCAGAGAUGGGAAUAGCAUUCACGACGCCGGACUGCCACCUAGUGAACCAAGUACCCUGGGGGAGGGAUCUUCCCCGCUGCCAUCUGCUCCUUGUAGGCUCCUCACGCGUCUCGCGGCGAAUCCCGGUUCCGACGUCUCAACGAUCUUGGCAGGGGCAGAGAGCGAGCACAAACCCGACAGCGCAAAAGGCAGUCUGCCUUGCGAGAGUGCAUACAAGCUGUUGAUGCGGUAUGCCACUAGUGAAGAAAAAAUGGAGGCUCUUGCUCAGUCUCUUGAAGAGGGUUGCGUUCCUAACUCAGGUGGUGGAUGUAGUGUCAAGAAUGAGAAGGUAUCACAAGCACUUCUGUACAUCUGUCUUUGAUAAAUUAGCACUGGAGAAGAUAUUGUGCACGUUCUAAAUUCAGACUAGCAUCAUUCUGAACGGCAUCCAAAGACCCGCCAGGAUUAAAUUAUGGAUCAACCACUAUCCUAAAUAUGAGCUAGCGUGUUUCAAGUUGGGGUUCGCGAAUCAAGUCAUAAGAGUGUGGAGUCAAAACUGAUUUCGAAUUCUACUAUACGAUGCAGGAGUCACUGUUAUAGCACCCUUAUCAGCACUGUACCAGGC